AUGACUAUCUCUAGUGAUCCUUAUUACUGUCAUGAGCAAAUCCCUAUUCCUCCUGCUUUACCAGAUAUCUUAAAACAGUUCACAAAGGCAGCUAUCCGGACUCAGCCAAAAGAUGUCCUUAAAUGGUCUUAUGCAUAUUUUAAAGCAAUGGCACAAAGUGAAAUACCACCGGUAAAAGAACGACUGGAAGUUCCAGUCAGCACACAAAAGACAGACACAGGCUUGACACCAGGGACGCUUCGGAUUUUAAAUAACCAGCUCGCAUCAAUGAAAUCAGUUCCUUUGUCCGUAGUAGAAGAAAAGUGGAAAGACUUAUCAUUGCCCAUUGAACGAUUCCAAGAAAUAUGUCGCAUUGGCAAUUUCGUAAAUUUUUGUGAGUGGAGGUGGUUUUUGGCACUUGCCGCAUCCGACUUAUGUGCCACAUUACCUGAAACUUUGAAGUUGAUUUGUGAACUUCUAACAGCUGAUCCUGAAGGUGGAGCUGCCAGACUUCCAUUUGAACAAUGGUUAGAGUUUUAUCGUUAUCUUGCUAAAAUUGAUGAUAUACCUGAAGGACACAUAAAUCAAGUAUUAGCUUACUUAAGUUUUGAUAUUGCAAAUCAAAAUGGUUCAAUUGCACCACGUAAUUUUAUGCAUAAAAAUUGUCCAAAAUUGAAUCCAAGAGAAGAAAUCACUUCAUUUGUGUUGAUGGAAUCAUUAACAGAAGAUUGA